GCAGCCGUCAUUCGGGUCAUCUUAGCAAGUCGCUCUUUCCAUGUUUCCUGGCUUCUGCAGGUGAAACUCUAAGGCCACCAUGGUUCUAAAUCCAGUCAUUUCCAAGCUCUCUGGUAAACUGGUUGUAUUGGCCAGUUCCUCCCCUCGAAGACUGGAGAUACUCCGCAAUGCGGGUUUACGUUUUGAGGUGGUGCCAUCUUGGUUUAAAGAAACUCUCAAUAAGGGACUUUUCAAAGCCCCUCAUGAGUAUGCUGUUGAGACAGCCAAGCAGAAGGCCCUGGAGGUGGCCAGGAGGAUGCCAAUUAAACACUUGAAAACUCCUGACAUGGUGAUCGGAGCAGAUACAAUUGUGACUGUCGAUGGUAUGAUUCUGGAAAAGCCGGUGGACAAACAGGAUGCGUACAGGAUGCUAUCUAGUUUGAGUGGUAAAGAGCACAGUGUAUUUACUGGAGUUGCCAUUGUCUUGUGUCAUGAAAAAGACGACGAUGAACUGGACUACCAGAUGAUAGACUUCUAUGAAGAAACAAAGGUUAAGUUUGCAGAUCUCUCACAAGAUAUGCUAUGGGAGUACAUCAAUAGUGGUGAGCCCAUGGACAAAGCUGGUGGCUACGGCAUUCAAGCUCUCGGCGGCAUGCUGGUGGAGUACGUCCAUGGAGACUUCUUAAACGUUGUCGGGUUUCCCCUCAACCACUUCUGCAAACAAUUAGACAUUAUUUACAACCACUGCUCUUUCGUCAACCCUGAGACAACUGAAUCUGUCUACGACCGUCAUUCCACCCCAAUUCUAAUUGAGCAGAAAGACACCUCCACAUCCAUCCCCAGACACGGCAGCCCUUCGGCCAGCCCGCUUCAUAAGGUGAAAAAGAAAGACAGAGAAAAUGAGGCAAAGGUCAAUAGGUUGUCAAAACAGGAUGCCGGGGAGAUCAAGCUUCAUAAUUCUGAAACUACCAUGUUGUCCGUAAUGAGGAGUGGAGAUGGAGCCGUCAUUGAUCAAACCGAGCCUAAAAAGGGAGACUUGGAGCUGAUUUAUGAGCUAAUGGAUGGAUUCAAAGCCUCAAAGGCGCUGUUCACAGCAUCGAAGUUCUGCUUGUUUGACGUUCUGCACAAGAAGCCUGGGCUGGACGCAGAGCAGAUAGCCCAGGAGAUCAAAGCCUCUGUGAAGGGGACAGAGACGCUGCUGGAAGCUUGUGUGUCACUGGGACUGCUGAAGACCAGAGAUACAGCAGGAUGCCCAAAACCUGGAUUUGAGAACACAGACGCGGCCUCAUGUUUCCUGCGCUCAGAUUCUCAUUUCUCGCUGCACGCCUACAUUCAGCACUGUAACGACACAUUGUGGCCUGUUUUCGCUCACCUCGAAAGCGCGGUGCGGGAGGGAACUAGCCAGCGUGGGAAGGUCAAGUCAUCUACAGAGAUUUGUCAGGAACCCAGACUGAGAUUCAUGCAUGCCAUGCACAGCUCUGCUAAAGUUGCAGCUACGGCCGUGGCAACGGCCUUUGACCUCUCCAGCUACAAAACAGCCUGCGACGUGGGGGGAUGCACUGGCGCCAUCGCGUACGAGUUGAUUAAAAUCCACCCCGACCUGUCUGUAGCUGUGCUCGAUUUGCCUGCCGUUGUGGAGAUGAGUGCACCGUUUCAGCGGCAGCACACGGACAAAAGGGUCACUUUCAAAGCUGGAGACUUCUUAAAGGACGAAUUGCCUAAAGCAGACUUGUACGUCCUGGUGAGGAUUCUCCAUGAUCUGACCGAUGAGAAGCUGCAUAUUCUGCUGAGGAGAAUUUCAGAUGCAUGCACUCCAGGCUGCGGCCUCCUGCUGAGCGAGAUCUUUCUGGAUGAAAACAGAAGCGGCCCAAGCCGAGGGCUGCUGCAGGCUCUCAGCAUGAGCGAGGGGAAACAGCGAAGUGCGGCGGAGUACAGUCGGCUUUUAAAGGGCCACGGUUUCAUAACGGCACAAGUGAAGCACACAAACAGCCUUCUGGAUGCAAUGCUGUGCACCAAAGCAUAACAGACUUGCACCCUUACCUACAUUUAGACCUUUGUGAUGUAGGUUAUGAUGUGGGUUGUCAUUGAACUUUGCCAAUAUUAAACACUUAACUCUUAUUUUUUUUUUGUUAAAUAUGAAAACAAGUGAAAGAUUUCCUUUUUUCAGGCUGAACUCUUUAUGUAUGGGAUGUCAGAUUUUGUACUAUUCUGAAAAUUAUUGAAUUAAGAUUAUUCUGUUAUGCCAACUCUAAAUAUGAAGACAUUUACAGUUGCAUGUCCUUCCAUAACACUUUCCUAUAUCCAGUAACUUUAUCCAGACUUUGAAAAUUCUCAUUAUUCAUCAAACAUUUUGUUACAUAAUGAGUCUUUUCGCAACUAUAUCUGCUGGAAGUAAUAUUUGUUUUGAUUCAAUAAUAAUAUAAAAUUCCCUUAUGUCAGAAAUGAGGUUAGGAAAUGCACAGCAGCAGAAUUGAUGUAUUGCACUUAAAUGUAUUUGGAGCAAACUCAAAUGAUAGGAACACGUUUGCGCAAUUGAAAAAUAAUUAGUAUUAGAAUGAGUAAUAAUAUAAUUUGACUGGAGGGCACAAAUUUUGUCAAGUAAAAUUUUUUAACUUGUUAAUGUUAAAAAAUUUAAGGACAAAGCGGGGAACACAGUCCGCAAAAAAUGUUAGAAGCAUUUAAAGUUUGAGUUGUUAAAUUAAAUCCUGUUCUCGCCUUGCCUCAUGGAAUUGAUGAGGCAAGGCGCAUUUAUACCGCAUCUCAUCACAGCUUAAUGCAACACAUCAGACUUUAAAAACAGAGCUGUCAUCAGAAAUAACAGUUUGCAGUUAUUACUAUGAUAUUAUUUGUGAACAUGCAUGUGAAACAAACAGGAUGUAAAUUAAAAAGGUGGUUGGGGUCAUUUAAUUUUUUAAUACUUUUAAUGAUAUAUCAACAGAAUCAAUUUUAGCUCCAUAUUAGACCUCUGCAACUUUGUACUUAACCCCUGUGUUGUCUUGUGGGUCAAAAGGGACCCAUUACCAUGUUUAUCUGUAGAAAAAAUACACUAAACCAUCUUUUUCUGACUUGAAAUUUGAUGACUUUUCUAAAUUGACCCCGUCAUUAGAAAAAGCGAUACUUUGUUUUUGUUUAUAUUUCCAUGUGGGCUGUACACCAUUACGGUACAAAGAUUGUCUUAUUGUCCAUACAGACUUAUCCUAGGGGAGGUGGUGCCUAUCGCCAGCAUACAUUGGGUGAGAGGUGGGGUACACCCUGGACAGGGGCAGCACAGAGACACACACACUCACAGUUAAGGGCAUGAAAUGCAGCGUUAAUUACAUAAAAAAAUGAUAUAAAGUGCAAAUAAAUAAGCUGCAUAGCAGUUUGGGGUUUGACUGCUGCGGUUUUGUUCACUUGAUGUUAGCAGGUAGUUCAUGUAGACGAUGUAGAGUCUGUUUCUGACCAGGGUAGUGAUCCUCUCAGCUCAGCUUCUUGUCCUCCGCAGGGCCCUGUUGCAUGGCACAGUGCAGCUGGAGCACCACACUGAGAUGCGAUACUUCAACACACUCCACAACAGAUCUGCAAAAAGUGUCCGAAGCGAUGGAUGUGUCAGUUUCCUUCUCUAUUGAACGGUUGCUUAGCGUGAAGGACUUGCAUUCAGGUCAUGACCCCCAGGAGCUGAUCGUCCCCUUCCUUGUUUUUCUCAUAGAGAACCAGUAUGUUGUCUCCGCACCUCUUUCACCGUUUGACAUCCUUCCUGUUGAUCGGCUCAUCACUUGUGAUGAUGUGUCCAUGAGUUUCUCGCAGGGUCAAGUAAUCUCCUCAAGAUGGCGCUAAAAAACCACCGCAUCUGCGUGAGAGUAGCAAAGGAACAUAUGGAGAUCCCUAUUGACAGAAUAAUUGCCCUACCCCACAACGUCUGCAUAUCUGUUGCUGGGCUCAAAUUAAUAAAGAACGACAGAGAACUAUCAGAAUUGAGGUUGAUGCUGCCAUGUUGGGGAUAUUAAUGUACAUUGUGUGCAUUUGGUCUGGAAGAACAGCCUUGUAAUCUGUAAAAGGGUAGGACACCAUCCCCUAAUUCCUUACAGAUCUUCUUCUUGGAUUUCAGUUUGGAGGCAGCAGUUAAAGCAGCCAAAGAGCCGCAGGGAGAAUCACUGGCUUUGAUAAACAACAUGGAUCACUUUGGAUCGCUUUUUAAAGUAUUUUCCUAGGAGGGUAAGAAGGGUGGUCAAUGUUAUUCACUGCUAUUUUCUUGUCAUUUCGUAUCCAGGCUCUCCGUGACAUCCAACUGAUUUCCAUUUCUCAGGUUUCAGUGCGUGGAUAAGGAGAGACAGGAGAAGGGUGGACUCAAGUUCAAACAUGACACCAAAGCUCCUGACGCCUCCCAGAGGAGCCGCGGAGGAGGAGAGGAAUUCCACCGGAUUCAAAGCACUUCGACGGGCUGCUUUUGACUCCUCCGUCUGUCUUGGCUUGCUUCUCUCCCCUCUACUCCCCGUAUUGACCUGUUCCUCGUGAUCCCCCCGCCCCCCAAGCCCUCCUGCCAAACCAUCUUCCUGGUCCUGAGGGACCAACACCGUACAAGUACAGGCAUACAUGUUAACAAGGGGCACCGGGUUUCAGACGUUUAUUUAAAACACUUUUAAUAGCGCGUUCUUUAGCAUGACGAAGUCUCAUGGAGAAUCAAGUUAAAUUAGCACGUUCUCGUUAGAUUUUAUAGGUUUGUCGAGGGGGCUUUAGAUGCCCUGCCAAGCUCCUCGUAAACUCCACACUUUGAGUUUUCAUUGAGAAACUCAUUGUUGGCAUCUUGACAUGGUCUUAAACUUCCUUCCAAUGAGUGCGGCCGUAAACUGGGAGGACUUUUACCCAAUGAGUUCGUAAUGAAAAAUGAAAACGAGUAUGUUUUUUUUAGCACCAUCUGGUUUCGAUCAGGACAAUAUCCUAAACACGGCCGGUUUUUAAAAUCAGCCUAGCCUCAACCUGCCUCCCAGACAUCGGCCACUCAUUAUUCUAGUCAGGCGUCUGCGACAGCUACGCGGGAUUUCUAGCUUUUUUUUUUUUUUUCACCACUGAAAUCUGUUGAUAUUCCCUUCAUAAUCACUGUGCUCUUUGUUUUAAGCUCUCAGAAUGGCAUUGUGGGCUCUCUAAUUGACUUUAUGUGCGCGCAUGUGUUGCUCACAUUGACAAAACGCUUGCAUGCAAUCGCAAUAUGACGUUUUAAUAGUCGUGACACAUGUUCUGGUCGAAGCCUUAAGAUGACCUCCAUAUAUUUCAGGCAACAAGAACAACAGGAGAUGAAUAUAACCUUUCAGAAAGUUGCUCUGCUUUCGUUAUGUCAACUAAUACCACCCUCGCAUUUUUCGAGUCCGGCCUGUAAAUUCAAAUAUAUGUGCUGCCGGGUCCUGUGCAUGUGCAGCAGCAGAAAUAAGUGUCUUUGAUGGAAAAGUCUGGGACUAGUUAAGUCUGUCACUGUCAAUAAGAGCAAUAUUCCAAGCUGGAAAAGGAAGAUGUGUUAGGUGAUGUGGGAUAUUUUUUUUCCUCCGGCCUUUAUUGCGCAGUUAUUCUUCGUGUCUGGCUGAAAUUGCAGAAAACAUACUACGCUACUGAAACCAUAAGAGCAAUGAUCGCGAAUUUGAAUGCAGAUUGUUUCCAUGCUUUGCUGUCCGUUCCAAAAGCACCCCUUUGAACUUUUGUCGAGAUACAAGCCCGAUGGACGGUCGUAUUCAAUAAAUUAGAAAAUGAGUUCAGAUGAGGCGAAUUUGUCAGAUUCAAAGUAUCUUUAGAAAAUAACAAUGUUUAACCAGGGAUUAGACAUGCUGCUCAUUAAGCCCACAUUUGUGAAUUACUUUUUUUCCCCACCCCAUAGAUCAGGUGUAAUCUUAAAUGUUGUUUUGUAUUACCAGUAAGUAAUAAAAGGCAAAGAGU